AUGGCUCCACCCAUCCCCACCUUCCCAGUUCCCCACCUCCCCCUCGAAACCAGCACGCUUCCCAACGGAAAACCGCGAAAACCCGCAAUCGACCUCGAGCGCGACUGCGCGCCCAAGCAACUCACGCAGUACAAGUGCAAUAUCGAUCCGAAGAAGAAGAACAAGGAGGGGAAGAAGCCGCUGAUUGUUUGCCUGCCCGUCGUGAGGUUUUAUCGAGCGUGUCCGGAUGGGUUACAUGUUGAGACGACAGUCUGGGAGGCGUGGAAAGAGAGGAUAAAGACCGCGGAGAAGGCGUGA